GUUUACCACCUAUUUCAACAACUCAUUCACAAAAUGGCUCCCAAGAAGGACGAGAAGCCCGCGACUCAGGAGGCUGCCGCUGAGGCCCCUGCCAAGGCCGAGGCCAAGCCCAAGGCCGAGAAGGCCGCCAAGAAGGCCAAGAAGGAGCCCUCCAAGAAGGCUGCCAAGGAGCCCAAGGGCGAUGGCGAGAAGAAGGACAAGAAGAAGAAGAAGAGCGCCGUGGAGACCUACAAGCUGUACAUCUACAAGGUGCUCAAGCAGGUGCACCCCGACACUGGCAUCAGCAGCAAGGCCAUGUCCAUCAUGAACAGCUUCAUCAACGACAUCUUUGAGAAGGUGGCCACCGAGGCCUCCAAGCUGAGCCGCUACAACAAGAAGCCCACCGUGACCUCCCGCGAGAUCCAGACCGCUGUGCGCCUGGUGCUGCCCGGCGAGCUGGCCAAGCACGCGGUGUCGGAGGGCACCAAGGCCGUGACCAAGUUCACCUCGGGCUAAACGCCCUGCCUGGUCACCCCUAGCCUGCAUGCACGCUGGCUUUCUCCUUUCUCCAAA